AUGCGUGAAUCGGUGGCAAGCGUGAUUCUGGCGGUGGUGGUGCCAUUCUUGGUGGUGGGUUCGGUUCAAUGUGACUGCCACUUCAAGGCAAUCUUCAACUUCGGAGAUUCCAAUUCAGACACCGGUGGCUUCUACGCAGCAUUUCCGGCAGAGACUGCUCCCUUCGGAUCUACCUUCUUCCACAAGCCGGCCGGAAGAGCUUCCGAUGGCAGACUCAUCCUCGACUUCCUCGCUCAAGCACUGGGAUUGCUUUUGAGUCCUUAUCUGCAAUCAAUAGGAUCUGAUUACAGACAUGGAGCCAAUUAUGCAACAUUGGCAUCUACAGUUCUUCUUCCUAAUACCUCUCUGUUUGUGACUGGAAUCAGCCCCUUUUCUCUCGCCAUUCAGCUCAACCAAAUGAAGCAGUUCAAAGCCAAAGUUGAUGAAGUUGGUCUCCUUGACCCAAAACUUCCUUCACGGGAUGUCUUUGGAAAAUCUCUAUAUACAUUCUACAUUGGGCAAAAUGACUUCACCUCCAACUUAGCUGCCAUUGGUAUUGGUGGGGUGAAGGAAUACCUGCCUCAAGUUGUUUCACAAAUUGCUGCCACCAUUAAGGAGCUAUAUGAACUUGGAGGGCGCACAUUUCUGGUGCAGAAUCUUGCACCAGUGGGAUGUUACCCUGCACUUCUAGUGCAGCUUCCUCAUGAAAGUUCAGACGUUGAUGAGUUUGGAUGCUUGGUUUCUUAUAACAAUGCAGUGCUUGACUAUAACAACAUGUUGAAGCAGACAUUGAACCAAACCAGAGCAAAUCUUUCAGAUGCUUCCAUCAUUUAUGUGGAUACUCACUCUGUGCUGCUAGACCUCUUCCAGCACCCCAAAUCUCAUGGGCUACAAUAUGGCACCAAAGCAUGCUGUGGACAUGGAGGGGGAGACUAUAACUUUGACCCAAAACUUUACUGUGGAAACUCCAAACAGAUUAAUGGAAGGACAGUGACAGCAUCAGCUUGUGAUGACCCAUAUAACUAUGUAAGCUGGGAUGGCAUCCAUGCCACUGAAGCUGCAAACAAGCUUAUUACUUUGGCUAUUCUUAAUGGUUCCUACUUUGAUCCUCCUUUCCCUCUUCAUAAACUCUGUGAUCUUCACCCUAUAGGCUGAACAUUGCAAUAUUCCUCAAGCCUUCUUCCUUGUUUCAAAAUGUU